UACAUUGACCUGUGAAUAUUCCUCGGCUUUUGGCUGCGGUGCCGGCUUUAUCUCAUGAGCUGUCAGGAUCCGGCUGUCCAUCUGUCACCUAUGCCCCCCCCGCCCGUCACCUCAUGUGCCGGCAGAAGAUAAGUGUCACACAGACCCCGGCACCUGCAUCCUCAGACCCCACCAGGGCUCGGUCCUCCAGCCUGGGCUGGACACAUUAUAGGGAGAGCCGUCGAGACCACCAUAUGUGAAGGCGACCGUCUGAGGGGAUGAGGACCGCCAGUGUCAGGAUGGGCAAUCAUAUGGGGAACCACGACCAGUGCAUUCAUGUGGAGGGGAUUCCAAAAGCGGCGGGAGCGGUUUCUCGGUUCCGCCGAAAACUGACGGUCACAGAGCCGGAGCUGACGUUACCGGUCCUAACCUUCGGCGCUGGCAUGCAGGGAAUGGGUCCGGCUUGUAUCUUUCUACGUAAGGGCAUCGCUGAGAAGCAAGGGUACCGCGAGCUGGGAACGGAUGAGAUUGAAGAAUUACGCGACGCCUUCGUGGAGUUUGACAAGGACAAGGAUGGUUUCAUCACCUGCAAGGACCUGGGGAACCUGAUGAGGAUCAUGGGGUACAUGCCCACCGAGAUGGAGCUGAUCGAAUUGUCCCAGCAGAUCAACAUGAACCUUGGAGGGCGCGUUGACUUUCAGGACUUUGUCGACCUGAUGACUCCGAAGCUGCUGGAGGAGACGGCUGGGAUGAUCGGCGUGAAGGAACUCAGGGACGCCUUCAAAGAGUUUGACGCCAACGGCGAUGGCGAGAUCACACUGGAUGAGCUUCAGCAGGCCAUGCAAAGGCUUCUGGGAGAGAAGCUGACCAAUAACGAGAUCGCCGAUGUGGUCCGGGAAGCCGACUUGAACGGAGACGGGACGGUGGAUUUUGAAGAGUUUGUCCGGAUGAUGUCGCGUUGACGCUUGACGUCCUGGGAGAAUCGAGGACGCCCCGAUCUCGUCUAACCCCCAAUUCGCCAUAUGUUUAACAGACGUCGCAGCGGCCACUGUAUCUGGUGUGUGGAUGUAGCAAUGUG